GCUAAUUAGCACUGAACAUAAAGUACAGGUGAGGCUCAUGGGAAUGUGAUUAAUUUUGCAGGUAUUUGGUCAUAAAACCAAAGUACUGGAUAAGCUGAAAUUUCGACCUGAUGACGGCACUUGAUGAAAAGUUAAGGGAUGCCCAAUAAAGUUAUUACAAUUCAUCCAGAGGAGGGACAUGGAUAUCUGUGCCAAAUUUCAUGGCAGUCUAUCCAAUAGUUGUGGAGACAUUUUACUCAGAAGCAAACAUUUCAUCCUCAUGGUGGCACUGGAGAAAACAACAUUGCCAUCCCAAGAGCCACGCUAGCGUGGUUAAAAACCUGUUAAUUACCAGCUCUAGUUGUGCUUGUUGUAAUCUUUUCAGGCCAAAAUCCCCAUUUUCACCUGUGCUGUGCUUUUGCUCAUCAAAACGUUUGGAAGAAAGAAAAUAAGUGUAAUAUAGGCCAUGCUCACUUUGCACAGUGGGGGUGGGUUAUGGUUUGGUGUCAUCGCAUGUGAGACGUGGUGACACGGCAGUUUCAUCACACGCUAAGUUUUUCUGCUGCUGUUAAACUUCCUUAUUUGCCCAUAAGCACUGUUUCCUCUUUUGCUUACUGAUGUGGCUCUUUGGGGCACAGCUUCGGACAAGUCUGCUUUGUUAACCUGCCAAAGUCGAUCAAAUCUGCACUUUGUAACACGAAUGCAGUCAGUUGCUGGCAUCGACUUGUCUUCAGUUUUAAAGUUUGACAAUACAUUUCUCGUGCUGGGCCGCGGAGCUUGUUCAAAACUGCUUCACUGCAUCUCUUCAUGUACGUGUUUUUCGUGACUGUGUUUGAGAGAGACGGAAGAGAGUGAAAUGGUGCAUGUUGGCGUGACAGCAAUGUAUGUCUAUAUGCAGUAGCAUACACGUGUGUGUCUUGAGUGUGUGUGAUGUCGGGAGACACCAGCACCCUGUCCUGGAGGAGCAUGUCUCCCACCAGCCAGUCAGAUUCCUUGGAUUUGUCUCCCACGGCAACUGUCGCCAGGGACAGCGUCUUCCCGGUGAAGAUCAUCAAAGUGUGUUUUCUUAGCAACAGCUCCAACCUGGGCAAGAACUUCAAACUGGUCCGCUGUGAGGAGGGACAGACUAUCAGGGCUAUCAUCAAUGUGGUGCUGUCCAGUGGCUGUGUGGGUCCAGACAUAAAACACAACCUCUGCUAUGGCCUCCUCCUCAAACACCUCAAGUCCUCAGUGAUACACUGGCUGCACCCAGACCUGACUGUGUCUGAACUCACCCAGCGCUACGAACAGCAGCACCUGGAGGCUGAGUGGAGAUACGACCUGAGGAUCAGAUACACCCCAUCAGACUUCAUGGAGAAAUUCAAAGAUGACAGAACCACUAUGCUCUACUUUUACCAGCAGGUACGAAGUGACUACAUGCAGCAGUAUGCCUCAAAAGUCAGUGACGGGAUGGCUCUACAGCUCGGUUGUCUGGAAAUAAGGAGAUUCUACAAAGACAUGAAUCCAAAUGGACUGGAGAAAAAGUCCAACUUUGAACUUUUAGAGAAGGAUGUGGGGCUGGACUUGUUCUUUCCCAAAGAGCUGAUCAACAGCAUGAAGCCUAAGCAGUUACGUCGGCUGAUCCAGCAGACGUUUCAGGGCUACUCCACUCUGAAGCAGGAUCAGUGCAUGAUCAGGUUCUUCACCACUCUGAGUCAAUGCUACAGCUACACACAGGAGAGCUUCGCCUGCCAGCUAGUGCAUGGUUGGAAUCUAACAAUAGACCUGGUCAUUGGCCCUGAAGGCAUCAGUCAGCAAACUGAAAACUCCACACCCAUCUGUUUGGCCUCGUUCUCUCAGGUGCGCAGUAUCUCCUGCUCAGCUGAGAGUGACGGUCGGGCUCUGCUCACUGUGCACAUAGAAGGAGCCAAACAGCCGCUGUCAGUGAACACCUCCUCCCUGGCUGUAGCAGAAAACAUGGCCGACCUGAUUGACGGCUACUGCCGGCUGGAAGGCAGCUCUGAGAGCUCGCUCAUUAUCAGGCCUAGCAAAGGGAGAGACACAAGACUGAAACUGCCUGACAUCCCUAAACAUGCAGUUGAAGAUAGACAUGAAAGGAGUGGUGGUCCUAGUGGUCCUGAUAGAGGUUUGAGUUCGGAUAUUUAUGUUGAGAUUCCAGAGGACACAGCAGACUCUGGUGUGAAGCACAGAAUCUCCAGAGAUGACAUUGUUGUGGGUCGGAUCCUGGGUGAGGGAUUCUUCGGAGAGGUUCACGAUGGAGUUUAUAAAAGCCCAACAGGAGAGAGGAUCUGUGUGGCCAUUAAAACGUGUAAGGACUGUUCAGCUGAUGUAAAGGAGAAGUUUCUCAGUGAAGCUGGCUUGAUGAAACAUUUGGAUCAUCCCCACAUUGUGCGUCUAAUCGGAGUCAUUGAGGCUGAUCCUGUCUGGAUUGUCAUGGAGCUCUAUGAGCAUGGAGAGCUGGGCAACUAUCUUGUGGAGGAGAAGAACAUCCUGACCACUGCAACGUUAAUCCUGUACUGUCUACAAAUCUGCAAAGCCUUGGCUUACCUGGAGGGACUCAAUAUGGUACACAGAGAUAUAGCGGUGAGAAAUGUCUUGGUGGCAUCUCCUGAAUGCGUCAAGCUCGGUGACUUUGGCCUGUCACGCUACAUUGAUGAACAAGAGUAUUAUAAAGCCUCAGUUAGUCGAUUACCAAUAAAAUGGAUGGCACCUGAGUCCAUCAACUUCAGACGCUUCACCACGGCGAGUGAUGUCUGGAUGUUUGGUGUGUGUGUGUGGGAGAUCUUCUCAAAAGCCCAGCAGCCUUUCUUCUGGCUGGAGAAUGGGCAGGUGAUCAACCAGCUGGAGUCGGGAGUCCGACUCCCCAAACCACAACUCUGUCCGCCCACUGUCUACUCCCUGAUCACCCGCUGCUGGGCCUACGAGCCGCACGCCCGGCCCAGCUUCAGCCACCUCGUCUGCUCCCUGAGAGAGAUCCACAGGAUGGAGUUGGAGCAGAAGGUGGAUGUGAGGCGAGAAAGCGCACCCUCUACCCACACAGACCCUCCACCCAAGCCAUCCAGAAUACAAGGCAACACCCUUCCUCGGGCCAUACAGGGAACAAACAGGGAUAGCAGGCUGUUGUGGGAGAAAGAGAGAGCACAAGUGGAGAACACUUUACAAAGACAAAGAAGAGAGAUGCUGAUGGAUAAACAGUGGCUGGAGCAGGAGGAGAAACAACUGGAUCCUGUCGUGCACAUGGGCUCACACACCGAGCCUCCUGAAAAAAGGCCAGGAAAUGGUCCUCCAGAGAAGCCCCCAAUGCCUCCCACAGUCACACAGCCUCGGCCUACAGCUGAGCUGGACCGGUCAGGUGAUCAGGUUUACACCGGCGUCAUGGCGAUGGUGAAACAGGUGGUCCAGCUGAAGAAUGAUGUCAACACACUGCCCGCCUCCGAGUAUCCCAAUGCUGUCAAAGGGGUGGGUAUCACUCUCCGUAGCCUGAUUCAAAGUGUUGAUGAGAUCCUGCCCUCUCUGCACAGCUCUGUCACAACGGAGAUCGAGGGCACUAAGAAACUGCUGAACAAGGAUUUAGGGGAGCUGAUCAAUAAGAUGCGACUGGCCCAGCAGAACUACAUAACAUCGCUGAAGGAGGAAUGUCAGCGGCAGAUGUUGGCGGCCGCUCACACUCUGGCUCUGGACUCCAAAAACCUGCUGGAUGCUGUGGACCAGGCUCGCAUCAGGGCCAACUUGGCUAAGCCUAGACCUGACUCACAAGAUGAUGAGGAUUCUGGGGAAUGAGGAGAGCGCACGCAAGAUCCCUGGUGAUCAAAUGGAGAACACAGAAGGACAUGAAAUUUAGGUUGAAUUGUGAGGGGAUAAGUUGUGGAAGUUGUUCUGGUUUUGACAACAGCUAUGUUCCCGUGAGACUUCCUGCACCCAUGCUAAUGAAAGAUGUCAUAAUAUAUUUGUAUUUUCUCCUAAAGAAAUGAAACAUAUUAACUUAAACUGAGCAUUUCUUGAAGCUGAAAAUACCACAAUGUAUAAAAGCAAUAAAGUUGAAACUGUUUUUUUUUCAGUUUUUAUCAUUUUUUAUUAUUUUUACUAUUAAAGAUGAUGUUCUGCCCUUUA